UUUAUAAUCGCCGUGCAGAAAAUGGCUGCAACUACGUCCUAAACGUACUAAGAACGUAGUUGGGCGGAGUGAGAAACUACCUUUGAACGAGUUACCACUGCACAACGAAUAAAGAAGAACUGCGUACGAACGUAAUCGAACUGGCUGAGGACGGGCUCGGUCUGACUGGAAUCGGUAUACCAACGGGGGAAUGGGGAAAUUGACCCGAUUUGAACUGGUGAAGACGGACUGGCAACGGGAUAGGACGGGUUAGGAACGAGCUGCACGUGGCGCGAACUGUAUGAAUACAAACGAUCAAUCACAGUAUUGAAAAUACAGCUUAAAUACGUGUGGCAAUGGCUGAAACUACACCUAACUUACGAGAUAUUUUCCGUAAACCGAGCGGUUCGAGCCACCGAGCUCCAGUUCGACAAGAAACAGCAGGAGAAAAGUAUGAACCUUCUACGAAAAAGCACAGGGAGGGUCCCAGGAGAAAUGCAGGUCACAGUAAUGAACCCGAGCGAAGUUCAAACGAUGAUUUCAUGAACAUAUUCAAACGGACCUCUCUUCAACAAACAGGCGUUACACAUGAAAAUAGGAACAGAACGUCGACUCGAAGAGCUUCAUCGGACGAUUCGGAAGAAGAUUUGGGAAAGAAAACCCAGAAUGAGGAAGAUAAUCCUUUUAUGAAACUAGUAGCCGAUGUUAAAGUGCCUAAAAAUAUGCAGGGAAACAAAGACAGCAGCGCUCUGCGGUCAACACCUCAACAACCAUCAAGCAGUUUGAAAGAAAAAACAACACAACGAAGCGCAGGAGGACUGGGAGGAGCGCACAAUGACCAGUUGCGUCCGUCGCUUGGAGCCCAAAGUCAGGCUUCGGCAGCGACAGGAAGCGCACCUUUAAACCAAAGUGUUUCUACAUUGGGUGCACACAAUCCUGGUGGUGCAGCAGGAAUCGCUACAUCAAACCCAAUGUCGUCAUUAUUUGGCGGACACAACCUAGGCAGUGCAGUGUAUGUUUCUUCAUUACAACCAGGGAGAGGCAGUGCUCCAUCUAACCAAAUGGCCCCGUUCCUUGGCGAACAGAACCUUGGUAGUGCAGGUAGAGGAAGCUCUCCAGCAAACCAGGUAUCACCACUGUUAGGGGCACAGAACCGGGGUGGAGCAGGUGGCCAGAAUCCCAUGGCACAGAUGCAAAUGCUUCAGCAAAUGCUUGGAGGCCAAGGUGGACAGAAUCCCAUGGCGCAAAUGCAGAUGCUACAACAAAUGCUUGGAGGGCAAGCUGGACAAGACCCGAUGGCGCAAAUGAACAUGCUUCAGCAAAUGAUGGGAGGGCAAGGUGGCGAUAUGAUGAACAUGCUUAGCCAAGCAGGCCGAGGGCGUGGCAGAGGAAUGGGAAUGGGAAGAGGGUCAAGGCUAAAUGACGAUGAAGAUAUUGACAUUGACAAUAUAACUGACAACGACGUAAUUCACCAAAUGUUGGCAUGGGAAGCGCAGCGAGCCCAAACCAUCCAACUCCAAAACGACCCAUAUGGAACCACAACGGUGCUCCUUAUCGACACUUCCGGUAGCAUGGCAGGAGAUGGGAUUCUUCAAGCGGAGGAAUUUCUCAACACUUUCAUGGAUGGUCUUGAGCACCAGCAGAAAAACUUGAACAUGCAAGAGAACGUGGCCAUUAUAACUGUUGGCUCAUCAGUUGAGGUUACACAGCAUCUUACUAACAACUAUCCUAAAAUACGAGAGACACUACAUUGUCUCUGUGCCGAAGGUCCCAGCAAACUCCAUUUUGGUCUUAUAUUGCCGCUAAGCAUACUUCCCCACCUAGAGAAUGGAGGUAUAAAAGAUUUCGGUGGCCAUGCAGCCGCGCCUCGAGUGAUACUUAUUUCGGACGGUCGGAUAACCGGACAACCAGACGGUCCUACUCUUCCGGAUGAACGGGAGAAAAUGGCUCUUCAAAACGUCACCUUAGAGUUGUUGAAUUCGAUGAUUCAGACGACACUGACCCAGGUAUUCUGCAUUCCAGUGGGACAGAGUGACAAGGGUUUCCUGGAAUUCAUUUCUAACACUACUGGAGGAAAAAACAUGGACAGAAAGUAUGCCCGAGUCCUGAGUCGGUACCAUAUCUACCAUACGGUUGUGGCCUCCCUGAAACAGCACCAGACGGAGCCGACGAAAGAUUCCAUCCGGCAUCAGCUGGUCACCGUGGCCCAAACCUACGACGAGGACGACGUGGAGGAAGUUAUGUAUAUGUGGCGUCAACCAGAACCGGAUAUUCAAGGCCGCAAUCAGCGAAUGGCGCAACAGCAAGAGGAGUCGGGCCGUCGAAGCCAUGGUGGUAUGCCUGGAAACGGUCGACCAGCUACCAAUUACGGUCAAACGCAAGGCCUACCCGGAGGUCACGUUGGUCAGGGACGUGGAGGCGGGGUUCCAGGCUUGGGUGGCUUUGGUGGACAGAACCCGGGCAUGGGCGGUAUACCUCCUGGUAUUCGGCCUAGUGGACGAGGCGUAGGAGGGUUAUCCCCAGUCGGACGUGGGCAGGAAAUCGGGCUUGGUGGCCAAGGUAUGGGAGACAGAGAUUUAGGCCUUGGGGGCGACUUUGAUGGGUUGCGAGGGUCAGGCGGUAGUGCCUUCCAAUCGAGUCGCAUUGGGUUCAGCAGGAUGCUGAUGGGUGAUGACUUCGGAAACUCACAGAGACGGCAGCGCUUGGAGGAGGAAGCUCAGAGAGAGAGGGAUGCACAGCCGAAGCUGCCUCCAGAGCAGCUGCGGUUGGCGAAAAUUCCCGGUCCCAGCCGUUCGUACUGGCCUACGAAAAAUCAGAUUAAACCCUGGGAGAUAAUUGAUAUGAGUCCAGGCCGUAUUGGAAUGCCAGGAAAGGAUAUUGGAGACAGCUUUCAAGGCUGGCGAAUAAAACACCCAAAGAACCUUGAACAAUUUGAGGAUGAAGACCCUUCGGAUUCAAACUCGUCUACUGAUGAAGACUAGAAGUGUUGUAUUCAUUUGAUUCCGAAACAUGGUGUCGAUGUUACCUGAAAUAUAUGAGUGCAUGUGCUGAAUAAAACCUGUACUGUGGACAAGUUAGCGCAUGGCAACUUUAAUUAGAAUGUGUGUGCUUACUUUUAAAAAAUCGACACGCUGAAAUGAAUGAGUUUAAGGACCAAAUGACUGUUAAUAUACUGAGAACGAUGAAACUAUAUUUUAAUAUAAUUAUUAUGUUUAUGUCUUCGAAAUCAAAUACUUUUGACUAUUACUAUCGUGAAAUAUAUUUGUUCAAUGUAUUAUGUAAUUGUAUCAGUGGGUACUACAAGAGACUUUAUCUGGUUUUCUAUACUCUAAGUCAAUUAGAACUUUAUGAAUUUCAUCAUUUAACUUGUUACAUAUUGGAGUACUUUUAAAAUAUAUUUUACAACAAUGUAUUUAUAACCAGAUAAUCAGCUUCAAUGCAAGAACAAAAAAAAAAUUCAAUUUUGUUCAAGCUUAAAAAUGCAUAAAUGACGCUUCGACUAAUAUGCUUCUUUACCAGUUACAUCUGUGAUUGACAAUUAGUAUUACUUGUUUCGUCAGCUCAAACUAAAGUAUUCCUUUCCAUAGAAGCUUUUUGAAAGCUGGCCUUAGCCGCUUUGGCGCAAAACUGUGAAUUUAGUAAACAUAUUUGAGCGUGUGGUUUUGCUUUGUUUAUUGAUAUGUGAUUUGAGUAGAACGCGUUGGAUCUGAUUAAAGGGCGUGGUUAUUUUCACAUAUCUAAGGCAUAAUUGCAUGCAUGACAUUGCAUUGACCUGUAUAGUGGCCAAGUAAAGCACAUGUUCUAUUCAACUAUUACAAGUACCGUCGUGUUAUACAUUGCGUAUCGCAAUAAAUACCAUGUAAAUCCAUGGUUAAAAAAGGAAAAAAACAUGUAUUAUUAUAAAUUGCAUUUAUGAACAAACUGAUUAGACGGUUUUAUGACAUUGAAAUUGUACAUAAAUAAAAAAAAAACGUGUGUUCAAUUGUGUCCCGUUUCAGAAACACAACUUUUAUUUUGAGUCGUCUAAAUAUAGCUUGAGAUUACCUCAAAAUUUAACAAUUGUAUAUCAAAAUAAGAUUUCUACAAUGGAUAAGUCAACAUAUGGAAAUGUCUAUACCGCUGUAUGCUAAAAGGUUACAUUACGCUUAAUCAUUGUGCCUAUUUCUAAAGAAUUCCUUUUCUCUUCUUGAAUAAAAGGCAUUUAACAAUGUGA